CAUUGCAAACAACCUUCAAAAUGGCGGCUGUGGAAGACAGAACGAAUUCCAAUCCUUUAGUACAACCUCUGUUAACGGAUCUUUAUCAAAUUACGAUGGCCUAUGCCUACUGGAAGAGCGGAAAAAUUUGGGACAAUGCCGUGUUCGAUUUGUACUUUCGCAGGAAUCCUUUCCAUGGAGAAUUCACUGUCUUCGCUGGACUAGAGGAGUGUGUGCACUUUGUGAGGAACUUUCACUUUACGGAUUCAGACAUAUCGUAUCUCAAGACAAUAUUACCAGCAACAGUAGAGGAAGAGUUUUACAGUUUCCUGAGGGCAAUAGAUACAAGUAAAGUUACCUUGUGUGCUAUGCUGGAGGGCAGUAUAGUGUUCCCAAAAAUUCCCUUGCUCAGACUCGAAGGACCACUGCCAGUGAUCCAGCUUAUGGAGACAACCCUUCUUAAUCUGGUCAACUUUGCAAGCUUAGUUGCCACUAAUGCAUCUAGAUUCCGUCUUGCUGCUGGGUGGGAUAAGAGCUUAAUUGAGUUUGGUUUGCGAAGAUCACAGGGACCUGACGGAGGGUUGUCGGCCUCCAAGUACUGUUACAUUGGAGGAUUUGAUGGUACAAGCAAUGUCUUAGCAGGGAAGUUAUGUGGUAUUCCUGUCAAGGGAACACAAGCACAUGCUUUCAUCACAUCAUUCACACCUGAUAAAAUGCCACAUGUCGACAAGCUGCAGCCUGCAGAUUCAAGUCAGGAACCUAGAGACUUUUAUCCAGUCGUGUUAGACUGGCUUAAGAAAGUAUCACCGGUAUUGCGUGUUUUGGAGAGCGAAGUUCAUCUUGGUGAACUGGCGGCCUUUUCAGCUUAUGCUGUUGCUUUUCCCGCGGCGUUUUUGGCACUGGUAGAUACCUAUGUUGUCAUGAGGAGCGGUAUGCCAGGUUUCUAUGCGGUCGCUUUGGCUCUGAAUGAUUUUGGUUACCAAGCUGUCGGAGUAAGGAUUGAUUCAGGAGAUUUAGCGUACACAUCGUUACAAUUAAGAAAAGCACUGGAAAAAGUGGCAGAAGUGUUUGGUCUACCGUGGUUUGCAAAAAGAAUUAUUGUCGCCAGCAAUGACAUCAAUGAGGAUACGCUCUUCUCGCUCAAUCAACAGGGUCAUUCCUUAGAUUCUUUUGGUAUAGGCACUCAUCUUGUAACAUGUCAGAAGCAGCCUGCCUUGGGAUGUGUAUUUAAGCUUGUGGAACUAAAUGGCGACGCACGAAUGAAACUGAGCCAGGAUAUCGAGAAAGUCACCAUACCUGGAAAGAAAGACGCCUAUCGGUUAUAUGGUGGAGACGGCGGAGCUCUUCUAGACCUAAUGAUAAGAUGUGACGAGCCGCCGCCUUCUCCAGGAAAACGCGUCCUAUGUCGGCAUCCAUUUGACGAGGCAAAGCGUGCAUAUGUCUGUCCGUCCCAUGUGGAGCCACUGUACCAUGUCUACUGGAAGGACGGCAAGGUAAAGUUGUAUAUUUUAAAUGCAAAAUCAUGAUACAAAAUCACGUAAAUACCGUAAAUCC